AUGACCAUAAGAGCGUGCGGCUUGAUUAUCUUCAGGAAGCUGCGUGAGGCGGCCUCAUCGCCAUCUGCCGCCGCCACUGUUGAGAACAAUAUUGAGUACCUCCUCUUGCAGACAUCGUAUGGUACUCAUCACUGGACUCCUCCAAAAGGGCAUGUUGAUCCAGGAGAAGAUGACCUCCAGACGGCCCUCCGGGAGACACAGGAAGAAGCCGGGCUGGACCCCAGUCAGUUCACCAUCCUUGAAGGCUUUAAGAAGGAGCUGAACUACACGGUCAGAGGCAAGCCCAAAAGCGUUAUCUACUGGCUGGCUGAAAUGAAGGACAGCGAUGUGGAGGUCAAGCUCUCGUCGGAACACCAGGCCUUCCGCUGGCUGCCCCUCAACGAGGCCUGCGAGCUUUCCGGGUAUCAGGACAUGCAGGCCACGAUCCGAGAGGCUCAUCGGUUUCUCUGUUCCCGAACGUGA